GUUGCUGAGCUGUUGAAGGAUUUUCAUAUUUCUCCCUCCCGCGCUCUUCAACAGUCUGCGUCUUCUCUCUUCUCUUUGUUUCUUGCUCAGGGGUCUUUGUAGGGAACUCUAAGCUGCAUCUUUAUAUUUUUGAAGUUUGGUGUUUCAUUGCAUGGACAAAUUUCCUGUAGAUGGGAUCUUCCAAGGCAUCGAUCCUACAUAUUGAAAAGAGUUCUUUGGGAAACUGCAUUUGCAGGCACUCUUAUCCUAUAGCUGAUACAGGAAGUAGGUGAAUUUGGUCUAGGUGGUGGAGUUCGAAUUUACAAAUCAUGCCAGAAAGUCAGAUGAAUUUCAGGGUAGAAACUAAAUAUUGGGUUAAGAAAGGAUCAACAUGUAAUUUUGUCGGAAGAGAUGCAACCAUUCUAGAGAAGAAAUCCUUGAAUGAGCAGAAUCCCUUUUCAGGUGAUGGGUUGUUACCCAACCCCUAUGUUUCUUUCUCAAAAAACAUUUGUACUGCUCAUGGAAUCGACAAGCCUGAAAAUAAGGAGAUAAUGUGUCAAAGAAUCCAAGGCGAAGUAUUCGUUGAAUCUUCUCAAUACGCUGCUACGAAAAGGUUUAAUCAGAGCCUCUUUCAAAAUUUUUCUUGGUCAGACCAAGUGGGGAAUUGGGAAACAGAGGUCUUGAAGCAUUCAGAAAUAAAGCCUAAUCAUUCAUUUAUCCACAAGAACUUUAAUUGCAAGAAAGAACCUAAGACCUGGGAAGAAGAUUUCACUCGGCUUCAUAAAAGGCCUAGCAUUUGUGAAGAAUCAAUACAGGCUCCCUUUGACCUGCAUCAUUGCAAGAAUGCUGAUGAAGCACGAAAGGUGAAAUACAACAACCAGCAUUUUACAACUCACAGCUCCAACUGCUUCCAUGCAUACCCCGUUUCCUCUGUUCCUGAUCAGCAAAAUGCCCAUUGCGAAACAAAAGUAUGGGUUCCGGCCCAAGGUGGAUUCCAGCCAUGUAACAGGAUGAAGAUGCAAAGGACGAGCCAUGUGUUAGGUAGGUCCUUUUGUGGUUCUGUCGGCAGUCAGCCAUUCUCUGGUUAUCAAGUUCAUCAGGAGCAUAACCUCAUGAAAGCAAAGAAGUGGAUUCCUGUUUGUAGGAAAGAGAGGACCGGGUUCGCUGGUUUCUGCAAUGUCAUUAAUGAUCCCUUGCCCUUUUAUGCUUCUGACAAUAGUAAAUCAGUCACUGGUUCUGGAGUUUACAAGAAGUAUAAAUUCAGGAAAAAGACCAAUUCUGAAACAAAAGCAAAGAAGUGGAUUCCUGUUCAGGUGGUGGAGAGAACUGGUGAUGUUUGCAAUGUCUUUAGUGAUACUUCGCCAUCUUCAUGUGGAGAGAUGAAUUAUACAAAUUUGAAAGGAAAUGUAACUCCUAUUUCUGGUUCUACUACUUCUAGUGCUACUACAACCAGUGACCUCAUAGCCACCCCAGCAACCAAAAUGACUUCAAACGAAAAUGAAACCUCAACAUUAACAAAAGACGGUGCCAUAGCAGCAGUUCAUGCUUCUGAAAGCACCAACGGAAGCAUGAUAUAUUUUGAAGAACCAGAAGGUAUCCCCCAGUCAAUUAUUGACUCACAAGUUGCAGUAGAGGCUUUGACUGCUGCUUACAGACUGCAAUUGGAAUCAGAGAAAGCUCAGCUUGAAAUGGACCAACCUCUUGCUGAGUUUGAAAGAUUCAUCCAUUCUGCUUCUCCAGCUAUUUCAUUUUCACAUAGUUGUUCAAAAUGUGGAGUUUGCUCAGUUAGUCAGCUGUCCUCUAGUUUCCUCUGUAAGCAUCAGAUGCCUAGUAUAUCACUUCGUGCUGUUUGGAACUGGUAUCAGAAGCCUGGAAAUUAUGGAUUGGAAAUCAAGGCAGUAGAUUAUAAUAACCAAAAGGGGAGACCAACGGAAAUGACAUCAUUUCAAGCUCAUUUUAUUCCCUUCCUUUCUGCUAUUCAACUGUUUGGCUAUGUAAGGCCAGAGAAACAAGAAGUUGAUUUAAAUUCCUCUUCUCUAGAAACAUUGUUUGUCAAACAUUCUCCAGAAGCAAUUCAACCUGGUCAUUUUUGUGUGGGAAAUAAAACAUCAGACAAAAAUCUUGAUUCUAUCGAGGAAGUUUGCAUCUCAAAUAAUGCAACGUCAUGUAAGACAGGAGACUCUCAGGGCUUCCUUUCUUCACUUGACUGCCUGGGUGAUUCUGAACUAAUGUUCGAAUUUUUUGAAUCUGAGCUGCCUCAUAAGCGAAAGCCUCUUCAUAUUAAUGAUUACUUUGACCCACAAAUACUUGAUAAGAUAUAUUGGUUAACGACUUCAAGUUUCAGAAUUGCUGAACUUGUUAACACUGGAACUUCCAAUCUAGUAUUUGGUGACCCUUCAAAACUAGAGUCUGUGGAUCUGCAUGAUCUACACCCUGCAUCUUGGUACUCAGUGGCUUGGUAUCCUAUAUAUCGGAUCCCAGAAGGAAAUUUCCAUGCAUCAUUCUUGACUUACCAUUCACUAGGACAUUUGGUUCAGAGAUGUAUUCCUACUGAUUCUCUUCAAAACAAGGCUACUUGUAUUGUUGCCCCUGUACUAGGAUUGGAAAGCUACAACACACAGGGAGAAUGCUGGUUUGAUCCAAGAAUACCCGACAAAACUUCUUUGGAAGAAUUUUCACAAUGUAAGACUUCUGAAAUUAUUGUGAAGCGACUCAGAACUCUGGAAGACAAUGCCUUUAGUUUUGCCAGAGGUUGUGUUUGCAAAAACAAUGUUAAGGUGUUUAAUCAGCAGCCAGAUUAUGAAUUCUUUAUCUCCCGGAAACAGUGAGGUUGCUCCGUUCUAUUUGCUCCAAAAAUGCCAUUUCACCAAGUUGUUGCAGAUUUUAGGAUCUUUGUUUAGACUGUGAAGUUUUUUAAGAGAGAUAAAAAAUAGGGAGGGAAGAGAAAGAGGGUAUGUUCUAACUAGUGCAGGCUCUAUACUAUAAGCUUUUCUAUGUCAGAAAACAGAACGAUCUCUUCAAUGAGAUGGCUUCAGUUUUAGAUUCGGCUGAAUUUGUUCCUUGCAUCACAGCUCCCUCUGAUAGAACUUCUUUAUGAUGAUGUAAAUAAAG